AUGUUUGGAACUCGCGCUCCUAAGUUCACCCAGAAAGAUGUCGUCAGUCUUAGGGGUAAGGUGUAUGUGGUUACCGGAGGCGCGUCCGGGAUCGGGUUGGAGCUCUGUAAGGUUCUGUACUCAAAACAUGCAACUAUCUUUCUCGCUGGUCGCAACCAUCAGAAUGGCGAAAAGGCCAUCUCGGAGAUACAGUCAGCUUCUCUGAACUCAAAGGGCACGAUAAAGUUCAUCUAUGUGGACCUGUCGGAUUUAUCAACAAUAAAACCUGCCGCCGAAGAAAUUCUCGCGCAGACAGAGCGAUUGGACGUGGUCUGGCACAAUGCCGGCAUUUGUAAAGUCAAAGCAGACCAAACAAAGCAGGGUCUGGAGUUAAACCUGUCUGUCAACACAAUCGCACCAUGGUUAUUGCAGUCGUUCUUGACUCCAUUGAUGUCAAAGACCUCUGAGAUGCCAUCUACCCAAAAGGAUAGUGUGCGGGUAAUCUGGGUUGGUUCUUCGGGGCAUGCAAACUCACCUUACAAUGGUGGGAUUCUGUGGGAAGAUAUCAACUUCCAAAACGGCUGGCAUGGGAAUCGAAUGGAAGCUCUGCUACGACAAGAGGACACAUUUUGGAAAUAUGGACAAAGCAAAACAGCCAAUAUUGCCGUGGGUAUUGAGGCAGCAAAGCGGUGGGCUGGGAAGGGUGUCCUGAGUUUGACUGCUGACCCAGGCUGGAUAACCGAUACCAAUAUACUGCCGGAACAUUCAAAAUGGAUAAUAUCUUGCAUUGUAGCGAUUAUUCAUGCACCCUAUUGA